AUCUCAUCUCAGAAUACGCAACUCGCUGCACGCAGAUCUUGAAGUUCGAAGAUGUAGACAUCGGGUAAGGCACCUCCUGUACUCGCUGUAAACGCACCGUAUCACAACCGCGGAAGAUGCUUCCUUAUCUUAUCAGCACGCCUUGCUCACCGUCCUACGAGCUCUCCACCAAUUGUAACGACGCUUCAGUGCAUAUCAAACGCCGCCUCUCUGGGCAUGCUCCAAAGAGGAGAGGAGCUACCCUGUAUGCGUUCAACCGAGGGUACCUGAAAACAUGCAUAAACCUGGCUUGUCCAGCGACAUCUGUUUACCUGCGGUUGUUUGCCUGUUGAUAAACUUGUCGUUUUGCUUCUUGAGCAUCAAUCGCGUUCCUAGAAGAAGACUUUGCAGUUAUCAACUAAGCCCGCUAUGGGUCUUCCUACGGAGGUCCUGAAAGCCUGGGAGGCAUGUGAUCGUACUGAUACACUCUUUGUCCUCGUAUGCUGUGUCUUUUGCUGGGGUAUCAUACCCGCCGUCGGCAUCGCCUACUCCGGCUACACCACGCGCUCGAACUCGCUCGCAGCAAUCAUUCCUUCCAUCCUGGCCGUAAUCGUCUGCACAAUCCAAUGGUUCCUCAUCGGCUACACCCUAACGUACAGCGAAGGAGGUCCAGUCUUUGGCGAUUUCACAUAUGUCUUCCACCACAACGUGCUCUCCGAACCCGUCGGCACCAUCCCAGCAAUCCUAUUCAGUUUUUUCCAGCUCAUCUUCCAAGCCACCGUCUGUGCGAUCGCUGUUGGCGGAGCUUGUGAACGCGGUCGCAUCCUCCCUCUGAUACCCUUCAUCUUCCUAUGGUCAACAUUCAUAUACAACCCCCUCGCGCACAUGGUCUGGGGCGGCGGCUUCCUGCAAAACCUCGGCGUUAUCGACUUCGCGGGCGGCACACCCGUGCACAUCAACAGUGGCGCAACCUGCACUGCCAUGAGCGUCUACCUCUCAUACCCGCUCUUCCGCUCUCGCAAAUCAGCUGUCCGCACCCCUUCCCAUCUGGUCAUCCACCGGCCUGUCAACUCUCUCUGUCAACUGCUCGCUAUGAUAAGUAUCUGGGGCUCCUGGCUCGCCUUCGACGCCGGUACGACGCUGGCGUUCAACUUUAAGUCUGUAAUGGCUUUGUGUGUGACCAAUUUGUGUGCUGCCAGCGGUGCGCUGACAUGGAUGCUGUACACGUACAUCGAAGUUGGCCGCUGGAGUCUGGAUAGCUGUUUCAUGGGCGCCAUCUCCGGGCUCAUCAUGAUCACGCCGUCCGCAGGCUUCAUCGAUAUGCCGUCAGCGAUGCUCUUUGGUGUUGUCGGCGCGCUGUUCUGUCGGCAGACGCUGCGGGUCAAGUUCACUGCUUUUGCAAGACGCUGGCGCUGGGUCGAUCACGGGGAUACGUUUGCGACGCACUGUUUGGGUGGGUUUUUGGCGACGAUUGGGACGGGAUGUUUGGCAAGGAAGGAAGUUGCGGGGUAUGAUGGGGUUACUGAGAUUGCCGGAGGUGUGUUCUUUGAUGGGAAUGUUAGGCAACUUGGGAUUCAGAUCGUGGAAGCAACGGUCGGAUUCACCUGGUCGUUUGUGGGAAGCUACACGAUUUAUGCGUUGAUUGACUGCGUGCCGGGAUUCGAGGUGUUGGCUGAAGACAAGGACAUCAUCGCUGGUCUGGACGCGAGUCAAAUGGACGAGGAGACGCUGUGGACGGAGACACAGAAGUACUCUCCGUUUGCAGAGCCGAAUGGUGAACUGCAUCUUGAUUAGUAGCGGACAUCGGGGAGAGGAUUCACCCGGACGUUGGUACCCAGAGUGUAGAUUUGACACUCGACCUAAGUCUUGUGUGUAGGAGAGAGUGG